GUGUUUCGUUCAUGUCUCAUUCAUCAGCUUGUCCCGUAGAUUUGCCAAGUUUUCGAUAGCCUUCAGAUCCAGAGUAUUUCGUAUUGGAAAAAUGCAACGAUCGAUUACGACGUUUUCGCGAAGCAUCUCUGCGUUAAGUCAAGUGAGAAUGGUUGGAGAACGUGGUUCAGGUGCUGGCAAGGGAGGAGGUGGUGGUGGUGCUGUUCGUGAUGCUGGUGGUUCUUUCGGAAAGAUGGAAGCUGCCCAUGAGGACCAAUACUUCUAUAAUCUGCAAAAGGAACAGUUACAAAAGAUGCGAGAGAGCUUGCACGAUGAGAUCUCAUUCCACGAGGAACAGAUCAAACGUCAUCAGGAGGCUAUUAACCGUCACAAAAAGCGUAUUACAGACAUGGAACAGAAAGAGUGAACGAAGUUAUAUUAGCGUGAUACUCCGACUGAUCGGCGGCUUUAUUAUUGGUUUUGAUGUAAGAAAAUAGUUCGAAAAUAGUAGAACUGAUAGAGUAUCA